AAUGUAUGAGAAGAAUUUCAUAAAUUGAAUCCUUUGCAAGUUCAGGGGAAUUAUGAAGUCUUGUACAUACAGGCCUGGUCAUGGGGGAGAUGUUCAGAGGUACAUGGGAAUUGCUCUGUCUUUUCCAGGAAAUUUAGAUUCUUUGCUACCUUUUGGGAAAACUGAGAUAACAAAAGGAGUAGAAGAAAGUUCUCUAUGUCCAAGUCCCUGUGUCUUUACUCCUACAAUAUACUUUUUACACUUGAAAGAAACCCUUCUUGAUACUCUGCUGAAGUGAGACAGAAUGCAUUGAAGGAGGCAAAAGGCAAGAGGAUCCAGAGAUUCGAAAAUCAGUGUUGGUCUCCUUUAUUUAAUUCUCAGACCUAUAGAGCCAAUGGUGUCACUUUUGUGUGAAAGAACAAGGGAGUGGAGACCUACUGUACAUGCACGGCAGUUAUGUAGAAAAAGCCAUAUGUUGAAAUGCUGUUUCUUCCCUCUUUUGCCUUGAUUUUCUCCCUCUUAAAGCUGACUUAACCUCACCUUGCUCUCACAGAAUGUCUGAGGGUCUUUGAAUUACAGAUUGAACAAAAAAAAAAGUGAAAAGUGAUUCACUAUUUGGUUUGUAAAUAGAUGGAAGUGUGUGCAAGGUCUUACCUGCUUUUCUGUCAGCAUUUAUAUUAAGUGAUAAGUGAAUGAAGAACACAUUGAAUUAUCUCUUGUUUUCUGUCUGGGUUGAAUGUACAUUCUUCUAAAUUUUGUGCGAGGUGUAAGACUGUCAGACAAUCUGAGUAAGAUUUUCUCUGCCAGGCUGGACCAUGGGAGAUGCCAAAUAGCAGAGAAGCCUGGGUUUGAUCUGCUCUCUUCUGACUUCACCUAUAAACAAAGUGGCUCCUUCACUUGUUCACCAGAGCUGAACAAGAAAAGAUACUCAAAAUUACCAGUUUUGUUAAUUGCUCAGAGUGUACAUAUUUUAAAAGCAAGCCAGACCCUUCAGAGCAAGGACUGAGCAGCACUUGUCAUGUUGAGCCUGGUUGGAACUUGCCUUAAAGUGAGAAUUAGUUUUGCUCCACAGUCUGUUUUGUGGUUUUUGGUCUUCUCCUUUCACACAGUUUUGUGGUCUUUAAUAAGUCAUUGUCUGUAAAUCUGAAAGUGGAUGAAGCUACUGCUUCACUGAAAAGCUGUUCCUUCUCCUACUCCAGGGCAAGCACAGCCUUCUGCCCCUCGAGUUUGUGCAUAAUGUUCAUUACUAUUGUCUUUAUUAUUCUUGAGCCUGGGCACUGUAAAUCAAGGUAAGAUGUGUUUUGCUGGGCUGAAGCCCAUCACUGCUCAUUAUUAGGCCCCUCACACUUCCACACUUAAUUGCUGGAUGAGUCAAAGCAUUCAGUUCCUAUAAAGGAAUUGUAUUUAGUGGGAAAUCCAGCAGAAAACUAAGUUUCAGUUGGUGAUGGUUUCCUUACCCUUUCUCCCACUAGUCUGAGGAUUCAGGAUCCUCAUGUAGUGACUCACUUCAGAAGAGAAAAAAAAAAAAGAGGUGAAUUCCUACAGUGGCUGACUUUUAAAAGGAAGAUCUGAAGCACUUUGGAGAGUCAGAUACCUCUGGAAGGAAGCGGUGGGUGCUCUGCAUCAAGAGAGAUUGGGGGAAACUUUCUGGGUUUCUUUAUGUGGAAAAGAGGGGAGACCAGGCUCAAGUACAUAGUACCUGCUGGAAUUUUUUCCCCUGUGGAUAUGGAUAGCAAGAUAGGAAGAAUCUUGAAAAGGCUAGUUCAUGAGAUUCCUUGAUCCCAUCUUGUUCUGUGAAUGCAAGAGUCAUAAGCACAAAACAAAAUUAAAGCAAUGUAUGUUCCUCACCAAUCAGGUAUGUUUAAGAGCUAUUUCUUUCCAGCUGUGUUCAGUUGUUUCUGUAACCUCCUUCCUUCUCUGAACUCCAACUCCUUGUCUCCAGGACUAAAAAUGUGAGAGAGACUAAAGCCAAAGCAUGAUGCUUCAUCUGUCUUGCCACAGGCUGCCAGGUUUUGGUACUGGAUGGUUUUGAGCCUCUGAUCUUUACUUUGGGUCUGGGAGCAGCAGCUUUGGGAGAAAACCAGCCCCUGUAUUAGAACAAACAAGGCAUCUAACAGUUUGUGUUCAGACACUGGCCAUCUUGGGUGCUUCCUUAGGCAUAGCUCUGCUCAGGUGAGAGUGCUGGGUUGUUACUUAGAGCUAAACCAGCCAUAAAUUACCAUUUACAUGCUGCAUUCAAGAGAGAUUUACUCAGCUAUCCUAGAAUAAAUGCCUUGGGAGCUCUGUGGGAUGUGCAUAAUUGUUUGCUUUUGGUUUUACUGCUGUAAACUACCUCUGAGCACUGGGUUAAUGGAAACCUGUGCUUGGGUGUCUGCCUGGGUGUGAAGCAUCCCCAAUCACUCUGAAAACCCUGGGAUCUGAGAGCAUGUCAGUUAGCUCAAAAAAUUAAACCAGCAGCCACCUGAAGUAACAAGGUACAGCAUGUGAGUCCUUCCUUUCUCAUGGAGGACAUUUUUUACAUUACCCUUCAAUUUAUCUCCACAGUCUCUGUCCCAAUUAACUAUGUCCCAUAUUGAUACAGUAAAGUCUUUUACUUAACCCAAACCAGUUAGCACUUGCAUUUUCCAUUUAGGUUAAAUUUUCCAUUAAGGCCAGGAAUGGGACAGCUCCAGCACCUGCUGAACCAGCCUGAUCCUGGGAUUUGAAAUCCAGGGGGCAAUGCUGCAGAAUUUGUAGAGCAGCUGCAUCCUGGAUCAGAAAUGGAGUUCAGUCCUGCUCCACUACUCUGCCUUGUGAAUCUAGACAGGAGUUGGGGGAGCUGCUGUUAAUCCUCAGCUUUCCAGCUGUGCGAGUGAAAGGUCACAGAAUCGCAGAAUACCCUGGACUGGAAGGGACCCACCAGGAUCACAGAGUCCAACUCCUAGCCCUGCACAGAGACUCCAGCAAUCCCACCCUGUGCCUGAAAGUGUUGUCCAAAUGCUCUUGGAGCUCUGGCAGUCUUGGGGCUGUAACCUUCCUUGAGGAGCCUGUUCCAGGUGAGUGUGUUUAAGAUGGGAUGUAUUUGAAACUGCAGAAUGUGAAGUGGGGCAGUUUUUCCCAACUUCUGUCUGUUCAGGAAGUGGGGAACAGGUGAAAGGGCUUGGGACAGAUGGAGGAAACAUUUUACUUAGCUACAAGUUCCCAAAAUUAGAUCUACAAAUAGCUUAUAUCAUUUUUUUCAAACUCUUGAAGGGUUUGAGGUUUUUCUCAUGGGAUAAGCAGUUCAUUUUCUGUUGGCAGAAACUGAGGGCUUGUGGCACUUGCGUGGGAUAGGUGGUCAAACUCUCCUUUGUCAGAUUGAACUUUAAAACCUCUUUCAAACUAAACAUUGCCUCUUUUUUUCCUACUCUUUGCUUAACCUUCGGCAGCUGGUCAUCAGCCUUUGGCCUUAGCAUCCUACUGCCCUCCCACCAUCCCCUGCUGCUGAGCACAGAAGUUCAGUGGGGAAACUGCUUUGGGCUCAAGCAAGACUGUUCUCUCAAAAAUUUGCAUUUACUUCCUAAAAGCAGAAGGCUGGAGGUACAGGGGCAGGACAAUGCAUCUCUUGGUGGUGUGCCUGCUCAGUGUCUGGGGGCUGGCAGCCCCUGAGCAUUAUGCUGUGGAGGACAUCUGCACUGCCAAGCCACGUGACAUCCCAGUGAACCCCAUCUGCAUCUAUCGCAACCCUGACAAGAAGCUGCAGGAGGGUGAGGGGCAGGAGCCAGCAAAGGACAAGCUCCCAGAGUCCACCAACCCACGGGUCUGGGAGCUGUCAAAAGCCAACUCUCGGUUUGCUGUUAUCUUCUACAAGUACCUGGCUGACUCCAAGGACAAUGGGGAAAACAUCUUCAUGUCACCCCUCAGCAUUUCCACAGCCUUCGCCAUGACCAAGCUCGGAGCCUGUGGCAGCACCCUCCAGCAGCUCAUGGAGGUCUUCCGAUUUGACACCAUUUCGGAGAAGACAUCGGAUCAGAUCCAUUUCUUCUUUGCCAAGCUGAACUGCCGCCUUUACAAGAAAGCAAACAAAUCCUCAGAGCUGGUAUCAGCCAACCGUCUCUUCGGGGAGAAAUCUUUGGUCUUUAAUGAGACUUACCAGAACAUCAGUGAAAUCGUUUAUGGAGCAAAACUCUGGCCCUUGAACUUCAAAGAGAAGCCGGAACUUUCCAGGCAGAUCAUUAAUGAGUGGGUGGCUAACAAGACAGAGAGGCGCAUUACAGAAGUGAUCCCAGAAGGUGGGAUUGAUGAUCUCACUGUCUUGGUCCUGGUCAACACCAUUUAUUUUAAGGGGCACUGGAAAUCACAGUUCCCAGUUCCAAACACAAAACUGGAUGUAUUUCAUAAAACCAAUGGUGAGACAUGCCAAGUCCCAACUAUGUACCAAGAGUCCAAGUUCCACUAUGCAUUCAUCUCCCAGGACAAAGUCCAGGUGCUGGAGCUGCCUUACAAAGGGGACGAUAUCACGAUGGUGCUGGUCCUGCCCAGUACUGGGACACCACUGGAGGAGGUGGAGCGAGACCUGACAUCAGAGAAACUGCAGGGCUGGAUAGAGUCCAUGAAGGAGAUGUCUCUCUUAGUCUACCUCCCUCGCUUCCGCAUUGAGGACAGCUUCAGUCUCAAGGAAAAGCUGAGGAAAAUGGGGCUGGAAGAUCUCUUCAGUCCGGAAAACGCCAGACUCCCAGGUAUCAUUGCAGAGGGCCGCACAGACCUGUAUGUGUCUGAGGCUUUCCACAAAGCCUUCCUCGAGGUGAAUGAAGAAGGCAGCGAGGCCUCAGCUGCUACAGCUGUCACCAUCUCUGGCCGUUCCUUCCCUAUGAACAGAAAAAUCUUCAAUGCCAACAGGCCCUUCCUGCUUUUCAUCCGGGAAGCUGCCCUCAACACCAUCAUCUUCAUGGGCAGGAUAGCUGAUCCCUGCUCCUAAAGGGGCUGGUAGGGCCUCACUUCUCCCUGCUCUGCCUUGGGAAAAGGGGGGUGGGGUAUUGCCACAAAGCAUGGGCUGCUCCUGAGGUGGUUGGUCUUGCUGCAGGGAGGGACUCAUCCAGCUGGGCUGUCCCUGCUCUUCCCUGCCAUGUCAGGUGAGGAGGCUCAUAGGUCACCUCACCUGUCCUGUCCUCUGUGGCAGGGAAAGCUGAAUUUCCUCUGGCACCAGUAUUUUUGUGGCGCCCAAGUCCAGCACUGCUGUCCUUCCAAUGUGCCCAACCCUCUGUAACUCUGAUGGCUUGGUUCAUUAAAACCUAUAGAUGUGUAUGUAACAGACUGCUCAUUGAAUGCACAGUUUACACUAAGCCACUUCCUGGAAUUUUAAAAAUUCUUCUUUUAUACCAAAUGGGGCCCCACACCAGAAGGGUGAGUGGAACAGCAGCAGCCAUAAGGCUUGUGCUGGCUGGGCUAGGAACACCCUUCUGCAGCUCCAAGUAGGUGGAAGAGCUGCCAAACUGUUGUGCUCUGCUUGCCAGCAGCUCUGGUGUGUCCUGUGUGCCCAAGCACUGGGACAGUCUUGCAUAGCCAAGGCUUUGGAACCCUUUUUUAAUAUUGAGAUUUCAUCUAAGUUACUGUAGCAGCAGUGCCCAUGAACCAUCACAGUGCCCAGGUAAGGUAAGGAGUUACCUGUAGCUUUGAUAAAAGUACAUUAUUUCACCUGCAAGUUUACUCCAGGAGCUGAGGUGUCCUGGCCUGCUGCCAGGCCACACAUGAUCAGCCUUCUUGUCUUCUCAAGGUGGCUGUACUGCUGCAGGACCUUUGGCAGGGCUGUCCUGAAGAUGCAGAUUUCUCCGUUUCAAUAGCUGCUUCAAACCAGACAGUGAAAGCACAGUUCCUGUCCUCAGAUGAUAGAAAUGGUGUGUGCAGACAGUGGGUUGUACUCCCAUUUGCUCUGGAUUUUGUAGGACCUUUUUGUAGUGAAGGCUUCUCUUGGCAGGAAUUGCCAGAGCAGCCAAGCAGGGAGUGACUUAACUCGGACAGAGCUGGUAUGUCAGGGUCUCUAGUUUUGGAAGCUCUCAGGGUUUGACUCUUUCCUUUUCCUAGCAGGACUGUUUGAGCAUCUGUGCAAGCAGUGUGUGACUGGGACAUGGAGAGCCACCUCCUCCAUUGUCUAUGGCAAACCAUACACAUCUCUGAGGUGUCCUUCAGGGGCUCCUUUAGGUACAUGCUCCCCUGGAGCAGUACCUUGGAAAGAACCUGUGACAGGCUGGGACCCUGGGAGGAAAGGGGAAACAUUUUGGAAAUAAAAGAGUUCAGAAAGCAGCUCUUCCUCUCUCUGCCCUACUCUGACAGUUACCACUGUGGCUUUUCUUGCUGGAUCCCAUCUUCUGCCUGUGAACAUCUCUGGGAGACACACAACCUCCUGUAAUCUCUGCCUUUUCCAGCUGUGCUCCAGGCUGUGGAGGUGGACACUGGCAAAAGAGGAGGGCUGAGGACGUGCCUGGGUCUCCCUAGUAUGGCACUGAACCAAAAUGCUUCCCCUGUCAUAGGCAGCUGGGAAAACAUUGCAAAACUUGGCUUGCAGCAAGAGGACAGGGCUUGCUACUCCUGGGGAGACUGUAAAGGGUUGAGCCUCCUGUGAAGAGGUAAGACAAAACUCAACCAAAAGAGACGCAAGUCAUCUGAGUUGCCAGGAACAGCAGCCUGGCACUGUGCAACCUCUCUCAAGCUGCUCAGCUUGGGACAGUGUGGAGCUGCCCACAGCUGGGACCAGGCAGAAAAUCCACGUUGGGUAAGGACCAGUCAGCUAUAAACACAGACAAGGAACUGAGUAUUAAACCAUUUAAUUCUCAUACCACUCACAUGCAUAAUGUUCUUUUACACAGUGCUAAAAGAAAGAAGAAAAUGCUUUUUUUUUUUUUAAUACAAACAGAAUUUCAAGUAUACAUUUAUAGAAUUUUCCAAGAUUCUUACCCAAGUUGCUAAGUUUUCAUUCACAUUGUUCUUAAAGCUGUCCAACAAGAGCGCUUUUUGCUAAACUGCUUUCAAUGCAAUUGUACAGUCCCCUCUUACUUGUUUUUUUUUCCCCCUUUCCCAAGUCUGGUUCCCCUGCCACCCCUGCCCACCCCCUCCAGCAGUGCUGGCUGUCCCUGGACACAAUGGCCAUGGAGCUUCUGUUUGCCAGUGCCUGCUGGAAGAGGAAAAGGGAAGCAGUUAUGGAGGGCCAGUUUGGAAACAGCUUGGAAAAUCACUGAAGAACAGUCUGAUAUCCACAAGUUACAGCAGGCUUACACUUGAGCCUACUCCAGACUAGUCUGAACACUGACUUUUUUUUCUUGAAAUAAGGACUGCAACCAAAAAUAAAAUAAAAUAAUAAAAAAAGAAUAAUUAGUACAGCAGGAAAUCUCUUAACUAUGAAAGUAAGUCUUGAGUGUUAGGACAUCUGUCCUAAAAAAGGUUUGAUUUAUAGGUCACUAGUUGAAGGUGACAGCACAAUUUCUGUUACCAAUGGUUACUCUGCAAACCAGCUCAGAGCAGAAUCAAUGUGGGACGCACAAACUUGGAUUAAAAAAGAAAACAAACAAACAGAACUGACGAGGGCUCCAUAUUCAUGUUAUGGAAAAACCCCACAACCCCAGUAACAGCUUUCUCCUGGCUCUGCUGUUGAGCUUAGCUCAGCCCUGGGCCGCCAGCUGCGUUGUAACUGGGUGCAACUUCUGACCUGUUAAAAAACGGGGUUUAAAUCUUCUUGACAGGCAAGGGUGGGUCUCUCUUGACAGAUGCCAAAGUCUCCUGACAGCCACCAGCCCCACCAGUGCCUGGGCACGGGGGGCUGCUCCGGGCAGCGUGGGGGCCGUGGGGGGCUGCUGGAGGUAGAGCUGCCAUGCCCAAAGCUCUGGCAGCAUUGCUCCCCCCGAGCUGUGGCUGCCCAGGAGCUGCCUGCCCGUACAGCUGUGUCCCAACCAGCCACAGCUGUACUCGUCUGACGAGUUAAAGUGCAUUGCGGCAGAAAAGGGUUUGCUUUUUUAAUUUUUUUAAAUUUUUUUUUUUUUUUUAAGAGGAACCUAUUUAAAGUGCUGUUCUAGUUUGGAAAGGGACUCUGUUUAGAAAAAAAAUGGCACCUUUUCACAUGAGAGAUUAACUCUCUGUAUGUGUAUAUAUAUAUAUCAAUUUGCAGAGUCAGAUCUGCUAAUGAACAACAUAUAAAAGUGUUUGUAUUUUAUCUUAUUGCUUUUUUUUUUUUUUUUUUGACUGCUGCCUGCUGCCUUGGAAGCAGGAGGGAGAUGGAUUCUCCUUUUACCUUCCCCACCAUUAACUGAUUUCCCAGUGCAGGAAUGUGGUCUCACAGCUCUGGCCCGGGAGACAGUUCACUGUCACACAGCACACAGGAGGUGACAAAGUCCCCCUGAACUGUCACAGCCCCAUGGCCAACCUGCAAAGGGUCACAGUAAGGAACUGGAGGCCAAGAAGGACUGUGGACCCCGAGGGACUCCUGUUGCUCCUGCCAGAUGCCAUUUUCAUUAGAGUCACUUUACAGAGCAGACUUGCAUUUCUGAAACACAGAGGUAAGGAAAACAAAUAUCUUUAAAGUGAAAGCUUUGCUGCUAGAGUGUGUAGUGUGGUAACCUCAGCACUCCAAGAGAGAGAGGUAGUUACUGUCCUGUGAAUACACUGCUGCUUAACGUGACUCCAUUUCUGGAGUGAUUGCU